CCCCCUCCCCUCUGCCCGCCCGCCGCCGCCGCCUCUGAGCCGCUGCGGUCCGGCCUCCAGUCCGAGCCGGGGGCGCGGCGGCGGCGGCGACGGCUGGAGAGUGGUUGUGGGCUUAGCGGGGACCGCGCCGCCGCCCCCGUGAGUUAUUCCCACGUCCCCCGGGGCUCGCUGCCGCUCCCGCCGGCGCCGAGAGUCCGGCCCGGGCCCAACUCCCUCACGGGCCCCCCGGCGGCGGCAGCGGCGGAGCCCACCGCCCGGGCCCCGAUGAGUAACUCCCGGAAUAACCGGGUGAUGGUGGAAGGGGUCGGGGCCCGGGUAGUGCGCGGCCCGGACUGGAAGUGGGGGAAGCAGGACGGCGGCGAGGGCCAUGUGGGCACGGUCCGGAGCUUCGAGAGCCCCGAAGAGGUGGUGGUGGUGUGGGACAACGGCACUGCUGCCAACUACCGCUGCUCUGGGGCCUACGACCUGCGCAUCCUAGACAGCGCGCCGACGGGCAUCAAGCAUGAUGGAACCAUGUGUGAUACCUGCCGCCAGCAACCAAUCAUUGGCAUUCGAUGGAAAUGUGCAGAAUGUACAAAUUAUGAUUUGUGCACUGUGUGUUAUCAUGGAGAUAAACAUCAUUUAAGACAUCGCUUUUAUAGAAUUACUACACCAGGAAGUGAGCGGGUUCUGUUAGAGUCUCGUAGAAAAUCUAAGAAGAUUACAGCCAGAGGGAUCUUUGCAGGUGCCAGAGUGGUACGAGGAGUGGACUGGCAGUGGGAAGAUCAGGAUGGAGGAAAUGGACGAAGGGGAAAGGUAACAGAAAUCCAGGACUGGAGUGCAUCAAGCCCACAUAGUGCAGCAUAUGUUCUCUGGGAUAAUGGUGCUAAGAACCUUUACAGAGUUGGCUUUGAGGGCAUGUCUGAUCUCAAGUGUGUCCAGGAUGCCAAAGGAGGUUCUUUCUACAGAGAUCACUGCCCUGUGCUAGGUGAACAAAAUGGCAACAGGAAUCCUGGUGGAUUGCAGAUUGGUGACCUGGUAAAUAUAGAUCUUGACCUAGAAAUUGUACAGUCUUUGCAGCAUGGUCAUGGAGGAUGGACUGAUGGCAUGUUUGAAACUUUAACUACAACUGGAACUGUUUGUGGCAUUGAUGAAGAUCAUGACAUUGUAGUACAGUAUCCAAGUGGCAAUAGGUGGACCUUCAAUCCUGCUGUUCUCACUAAAGCAAACAUUGUCCGAAGUGGUGAUGCUGCUCAGGGUGCAGAAGGAGGUACCUCACAGUUUCAAGUGGGUGAUCUUGUACAAGUUUGUUAUGAUCUGGAAAGAAUCAAACUUCUACAGAGAGGACAUGGAGAAUGGGCUGAAGCUAUGCUCCCAACUUUAGGUAAAGUUGGCCGAGUACAACAGAUUUAUUCAGACAGUGAUUUAAAGGUGGAAGUUUGCGGAACAUCUUGGACGUAUAAUCCAGCAGCAGUUUCCAAGGUGGCGUCUGCAGGAUCGGCCAUUAGCAAUGCAUCUGGUGAAAGACUCUCCCAACUCUUGAAGAAAUUAUUUGAAACCCAAGAAUCUGGUGACCUCAAUGAAGAAUUAGUUAAGGCUGCUGCCAAUGGAGAUGUUGCUAAAGUGGAAGAUUUGCUAAAAAGACCAGAUGUGGAUGUAAAUGGACAAUGUGCUGGUCACACAGCUAUGCAAGCUGCUAGUCAGAAUGGACAUGUUGACAUUUUGAAGUUACUUUUGAAGCAAAAUGUGGAUGUAGAAGCAGAGGAUAAAGAUGGAGAUAGAGCUGUUCACCAUGCAGCUUUUGGAGACGAAGGUGCUGUUAUAGAAGUACUGCAUCGGGGCAGUGCUGACUUGAAUGCUCGCAACAAGCGCCGACAGACGCCACUUCAUAUCGCUGUCAAUAAAGGCCAUCUGCAGGUCGUGAAGACUUUAUUGGACUUCGGCUGUCAUCCUAGUCUCCAGGAUUCUGAAGGUGAUACCCCUCUUCAUGAUGCAAUAAGUAAAAAACGUGAUGACAUUCUGGCAGUUCUUCUAGAAGCUGGAGCAGAUGUUACCAUUACAAACAAUAAUGGAUUUAAUGCUCUACACCAUGCUGCACUAAGAGGAAAUCCCAGUGCAAUGCGUGUUUUACUAUCUAAAUUACCAAGACCAUGGAUUGUGGAUGAGAAGAAAGAUGAUGGUUAUACUGCCUUGCAUCUGGCUGCCCUUAACAAUCAUGUAGAAGUGGCCGAACUGUUGGUACAUCAGGGUAAUGCUAACCUGGAUGUCCAGAAUGUGAACCAGCAAACUGCCCUGCACCUUGCUGUUGAACGACAGCACACCCAGAUUGUGAGGCUUUUGGUCCGUGCAGGUGCCAAAUUAGAUAUUCAGGAUAAGGAUGGGGAUACUCCUUUGCACGAAGCUCUGAGGCAUCACACCUUGUCUCAACUACGUCAGCUCCAAGAUAUGCAAGAUGUGGGGAAGGUCGAUGCUGCAUGGGAGCCAUCCAAAAACACAUUAAUAAUGGGACUUGGUACCCAGGGGGCGGAGAAGAAGAGUGCAGCAUCGAUUGCCUGUUUUUUGGCUGCCAAUGGCGCUGACCUUAGCAUUCGAAAUAAGAAAGGUCAAUCGCCGCUUGAUCUCUGUCCUGAUCCAAGUCUCUGCAAAGCACUGGCAAAGUGUCAUAAGGAAAAAGUCAGUGGUCAAGUAGGUUCUCGAAGUCCUUCUAUGAUUAAUAAUGAUUCUGAAACCUUAGAAGAGUGCAUGGUGUGCUCAGAUAUGAAGAGAGAUACUCUUUUUGGCCCAUGUGGACAUAUUGCUACCUGUUCUUUAUGUUCUCCACGAGUCAAGAAAUGCCUCAUCUGUAAGGAACAAGUUCAGUCCAGGACAAAGAUUGAAGAAUGUGUGGUGUGCUCUGACAAGAAAGCAGCUGUUCUUUUUCAGCCUUGCGGACACAUGUGUGCUUGUGAGAACUGCGCUAGUCUGAUGAAGAAGUGCGUGCAGUGUCGGGCAGUAGUUGAGCGAAGAGUGCCUUUCAUUAUGUGCUGUGGCGGGAAGAGUUCCGAAGAUGCCACUGAUGACAGCUCAAGUGGAAAUAUUCCAGUGUUACAAAAGGACAAGGAUAAUACCAAUGUCAAUGCAGAUGUGCAAAAGUUGCAACAGCAGUUACAGGACAUUAAAGAGCAGACCAUGUGCCCUGUGUGUUUGGACCGACUGAAGAAUAUGAUUUUCCUCUGUGGCCAUGGAACGUGCCAGCUCUGUGGAGACCGAAUGAGUGAAUGUCCUAUUUGUCGCAAGGCUAUUGAACGAAGGAUUCUUUUGUAUUAAUUAAGAAACUCUGUGUUUUCUUAGCUGAAGUAUUUGGUCAUGAGCUCUUAGUAAUCUUAAUCUGUUAAGCCAGGUGGAGGUUCUAAUGAAUUAAUUUUUAAUAUCAUAGUUUCUUUCCUAGAGUGUAAUUAGACUGUAAAUGUGCCAGAACAAAAAACCUCUACAAGACAGUGUUUGAAGUUGUGUUUUUUGUUUUUGUUUCUUUUAAUUUGAAACAUCAAAUCCAUGUAAUUCAUAGGUAAUUUACUUGUCACUUCUAAGGGAAAAUCCUUUAAGGAUCUGUUAUUUUUGUUUUUAUUGCAUCUUUUCUUAUAGUUUAUAAAUUUGUUAGACCUCGAGAAAUGUAGUUCCUACGAUCAGCUAUCCUUCAGUUUAUCAUGAUUUUACACAGUGGGUUGACACAGGUACUCAGAACAGUCAUGCAUCAAGUGAACGGGACAAGUCAAACCAUUAGGUCACAUGUGUUAAAUGACAAAAUUAUAAUACAAGUUUUACAUAGUUAAUACUGAAGAGAGGAUUAUCUUUUUAAGAUAAAAAGUUAUGCAAACGAUUGAUUCUGAAUUCUUAGAGUAAAUGGAAGCAUGGAAUGAGAGAGCAGUGACUUUGCAGUUAGCUUAAUUUCUAGAUUUAAAAGGAAGAUUGUUUAACUUGAAUCAAAUUUCUAGUUUCAUGAUGAUUGACAUGAAAAGGAAAAACAAGCAGUCAUAGUGGGGAACUGAAGUGGGGGAAGUGGCCAAUAAAUGAGUACCUAUUAACUGACCAUUAACAGUUGCCUUUCAUAUAUACUAAUCUAUACACUGUUCUGUUUACCAGCCUUUAAAAAAAAAAAAUCUGUGAAAAGUGUACCUCAGUUUUCCCUGUGGUUACUUAUCCAGGCUUGAUCUGACCAGUGAGAUAAUGUUGCCCUUUUUGGGCUUCUGAGGUUCCAUGUAGCUUUUCUCGUGUACUGAAUAGUACCCCAGUGAUCUGAGGAGGAUAACGCAUUGUCCCAAGGCAGCAAUCUUUUCCUUGUCCGUAUCUUUUUAAUUCUGACAGUAAUACUGGUUCUAUCUUCAUCAUAAGCCCUACUUCCAUUUUCUUUCAGUUGCUAAGGCUUGCUGUAAAGAAAGCACUCUCUUUAUACCUACAGGUGAAGAUAUUAUUUAAAUUGCCAGCAGUAUCCAAGACAUAGUAAGUAACCUAAUAAUAAAUACUUUAGAAAGAGUGACCAGGACAUUUACAGAAAUAUGUCUAAUUACCUGUAGUUUUUUGGUUUUUUGUUUUUUUUAGUCUGAUUCUAGAGCAUCUGAUAAUUUUCCCUCCUUUGAAUGAGUAGUCUUACUCUGUCUAGGAUGAAUCUACAUAUACAUAAGUGUCUUGGGGUCCUUGCUGCUAGGUUAUAAAAAUACUGGCUGUUUACAGUGGUGUCUACUAUAUACUGUCCAUAAGCUUCUUCCUAAGGGUGUAGCUAUCUGGUAGUUCUUUUCCUUUCUUUAAUUCUGGUUCUUCUUUCUUUUUGUUUGUUUUUUGGGGGUUUUUUUUUUAGGGUUUUUUUGUUGUUGUUAUGACAACUAAAUUUAAGAAUAUUCCUGGCAAUUUAAUGGCUGCUGCCUUUGCAAGUCCGGGUGAAAACAGUGGUGAGCUUUGCUGGCUGAUUUUGUAGUGUCGGUAAUUCCAUAUCUGUGUUUAGCUGAAAAACUUAGGAUUUAGAACAGUAAAAUUUUUAUAAAUUUUAAAUUUGAAAAUUUAUAUAGAUUCAGUUAUCUAAUAAAGGGCCACUGAGGCUAUUUUUUAAGCCAUAUUUUAGAGUUAUAGAGAGAACAUCUGACAUGAUGUUCACUUAAAGAAAUAGAUUAUUUUCUUUCAGAUUUGAAAAUAGUGAAAGUCAGGAUUUUUUUUCUUCCAUGCCAUAGGCUGCCCAUCUCUUUUCCACUAGAUCAGCUGGAGAGGAGGAAACACCUGGCUGACUUGUGCAUGGUUUGGCCACCCAGUGAAUUCUGUAGUCUAGAGCUCUGCUUUACCUAAAUCCUUUUUGUAUUUGGAGCUUGCAGUGCUUAAACUUACAUCCCUAAAAGGCAGUUUCAUUUUCCAGACUAGUUCAUUUCUUCUACAUUAAAAAUACAAUAAACUGUUACAAAAAGUCAUUAAGGUCACUAUGAUUAUAAUGCUGUAUACUUGUGGGAUUUUCUAUAUUUGUACCACUUUGAAAUAUGUUUAAUGAAUAGAAGGUGUUUCUCUAUUCAAUGUUUUCAAGCAUCUGAUAAAUUAUUUUAAAUUUGUUUUGUGUUUGUGAGCAAGAGUAAGAUUAAGAACUGAGUUGUUUAAGUGACUUCCUUCUAAUUCUGUGAAAUUGCUACCUCUUAAUGUCUCUCAGCAGCACUUUCCCAGUUAGAUAUGUUUCCUUCUCAUCAGCUCAUCAUCAUGUGCCUCAGAAGAGCUUUUACUUUUCCUAGAAUCAUUAAAAAAAACAUAGGCCUCAGGGGCUAGAUACACAACAUUGAAAAAAGUGGUCAGCAUCUUAGCACACACAGAAUCUAAUCUAUCAUGCAGCAGUUGUACAUUUGAAGAAAUCUGUAGUCAAGAAGGGAUCCAAAGGUACUAAUAACAUUUCUUCCUAAUGUUUCAGAAGAGUUGUCAUUUGGAUUCCCUCUCUGUACCCCCUUACUCCUACCACAUUUUCUUCUCUAAGACUAAGCUUUGUUGCCCGAAACACACAGAACUUACCAGAUGGUGCUAUUCUACUCGUUUUGGUUCACAUAAUUUAACAUUCUUACUGCUUAUACUAUAUAUGUAUUUAAUUUUGUUGGGAGCCAGAAGGCUUUUCAAGAGAUCAUUUUGUAUUAGUGUAGGAAUAGUAUAUUAGACAAAUGUUUAAUUUAGCUGGCCAAAUCAUAAUUGGACAAGAUGUUUGUAAUUUUAACAUUGCAAAUUGACCAGCUAGUUACUGAGACAUAAAAUUAAUUGAUGAUGUUGAAAAUAGCGUUCUUAAAUUUGUAUCUUUGAUGGCUUUAGCCUGUAAGAGCAUUUUAGCAUAUUGAAAUGCAUGCUGCUUAGGAUUUGUCCAAUUCAAAUUUCAAAGCUUGCUGGGUCAUGUUCUUGUUUAUUAUGAAUUCCUUUUUGACUGGGAAUUAGUUACGCUUAUGAACUAAGAGACUUAGUGAUGUGGUAGGAUAGGGAAACAGUAAGCAGUUGCAACAAGUAAGAAAGAAAAGUCAGUGUUUGAAUUUAGAGAAAAAGGUUUAAAAAAAUCAUGUAGAUUUCAUCAAAGCAGUAAGCAGAAAGAGUAUACUUGAUUGAAUGAUAAAAACCCUUCAACCAGUUUUUAGUGUCGUUUAAUUGACAAUUGCUUUGUAAACUAUACGGUUUAAUACAUCUGGCUUUAAAAAAAGUCCAAAGGAAAAGCACCUAUCCUGUCAGAGUCUCUAAAAUGAUACAGUAAUAAUUUGUGUAAAAACUGAAUUUUUGGAAUAGAAUUUUUUUUUGCAUUUUUUUAUUGUAAAAACACUUAACAUGAAAUUUACCAUCUUUAAGUGUACAGGUCAUUAGUGCUAAGUAUAUUCACGUUAUUAAAUGGCUAUGCAGAACUUUCUUGCCUUGCAGAACUGAAACUCUGUUAUACACAUUGAACAACUCCCUUUCUCCCCCCAGUGGAACAGUUCUGAUUAAAUAUAAAUCAAGAAACAACCUGAAUUUUCUUAAUAGUUUGUGUCUGCAAGAUUUAAAGUCGUGGCCAACAUUAAGUUCCUAAGAUUUGGGGGAUGACAGAAUUUCUUCCCUUCAUCCCAGCUGUUAUAAAUCAUAAUUGGGUUGGGGUUAAUUGUCUGUUAAUUGGAAGGGUUUGUUACUUCAUUUGGAGCCCGGGGUGGGGGGGCACAUUUCAACAUUAGAAUUAGGUUAGCUUUGAAUUUGUAGUGAAUGGGGAAGGUGAUAGAUUUUCACAGACUAUGUGUGCCUUGUCAAAAAUGUUAGUUGUCUUUAAGUCUCCUUGUAACGGUCUCAAAUAUUUUUUUUCUCUCAAAAACGCAACCUAAUUUUAUUUGCUUGAAUAUUAUGAUAGGAAUGCUUACUGAUAUUACUUGAUAAUCAUAUGAUAGCCUUGGAACUUAUAUAUAUGUAAGUUCCAAACUUAUAUAUAUAUAUGAAACUAUAGCAGUAUUAAUAAUCACAGUUGUACUUCUUUAAAACAUUAAAUUUGAGGAAAAACUAUUUAAUGCUGUCUCAUGUGUACAUUGCUUUGCUGUAGCGAGGGGGAAAAUCCUUUAGAUUGAGACUCAGUUUACUCAUAAAUGGUUAUUAGAGGAUGAAACUAAGAGUAUGAAAAUAUGAACGAGUUAGUGGAGCUGAUGAAUUAAAAUUGUAGGUUGCUACAUUGGCAUUUUCUACCUCCUUUUCUGUCAGAGUAUUACUUUUCCAGCUUUUAUUCUUUUUUGUGACUAAGGAAGAGAUGGGAACCCGAGGUUCAAAUUGAAAUUUUUAUGUUGUUGAGGAUUUAAGCAGUAGGUACAGGAAGGGUGACUUGCCACAUCAAUUUGGUGCAUAAAUCCAUAACGACACGUGGUGACUGACAUGGACAAAAUGUGUAAGAAAGAUAAUAUUGCUGAGUGUUUUACUUUUCCUGCACAGUCUACGUGACUUGUUUCAUAAAUGUGGCUUCUUUCCUCCCAAGUGCAAAAUGGUCUUAUUUUAUAGAAAUGUAAUUUUCUAUAAAAUAAACAAAUAUGCCGUUUUGUCUAAAAUCUAUAAUUUCAGGAAGCUAUUGAAAGUUCUGACUCAGGGCUUUGUAACAGUUUAAGCAGUUGUUAAUUAUAUUUUGGAAAGUCCAUCUACAUAAUUUUUCAGUGCCUUGGAAGAAUUAUUAACUUGGCAACACUACUAAGACUUUAUAGGAGGCUGUCUUUAGUGUGAGUGUAUCAUCACACACACAUUUAUAAGGCGUAUUGCUCAGCUUGUGUAAUAGCAAUACUGCAUGUGUGCUGGGUUUGGGUAAUUCUUUAAAGGAAGUUUUCUAGAUUUGCACUUGAUAUUUGUUUUUAAAAAACUGAUUAUUUACGGCCAUGACACUGUUACCAGAAAAGUAAUUCUAUAAGUCAUUAUACAAAGUCAUGUAUAAGUAGCAUCUGGGAAGAAGAGCUAGGGUUCAUACAGUUUGCUAUUUUAAUAUGAAAGGAGGAUCUGUUUGGUAAACACAGAUUGUCUUCCCCUCAUGAAAAAAAGACUUUUUGUUCAAGUGAUUCGGUUUAAAAACAUUUUUUAAAGGAAAUCAUGGAUUGCAUGUUUUUAAUGCUAGCCUUACUUAGCCUGAAUCCACAAAAUUGUUUUCUGUUAAUUUCAGUAGUCUUGUCAUUCUAAAUACAAUAUAUUCAGUGUGAUAGAAAGCAGUUUAAUUGACGCAUAGCACUGUUUUGCUUUGUAUUUUUUCCAGUGUUUUUUUAGCUCCCACUUGAUUAAAAGUCUUGCUCGUGAAUAUAGUUUCUGUAUGGCAAAUGAUUCUUGCUUAUUAGCUUUUGUUAAAAAAACACUUAGCAAGAGCUAAGCUUUUAAAAAUAAAUGCAAACAUUUACCAUUAAUUAAACUUACAAUGUAAUAUUAUAUAAUGCUUUUCUCUGAUCUUUUGAAAGUAUUCUUUAUAUGAAUUUUGAUUUUUAAGGUAUUUGAAAACAUAUCUCAAUAUAUCAAAUCUAUUAUUGGAAAGGAAAUUAUCAUGUCUUUGAGAAACAAGUUACAUACAUCUCCAGCUCAGUAUAGGACAUUGGUGCCCACAUCUAGAAGGCUGUCAUUACAAUUGUUUACAUUUAAGGUACCUCUAUCUAAAGGGCCAAAGAAGCUUUUCAUAUUUUAACACCUCACACUCUUUCAGGAUAUUGUGAAAGUAGUCUGAAUAGGAUAAAUUUGAUAGAAAAUCAGUCAACCAGUCAGGAAGACACAACUUUUUCUAUAAAACGUUUAUUCCUCUUCAUAGUUCAGAUGUAGAUUUCAUUUUCAAAAGAUAGACAUUUUAAAGCAAUGAUUUAUUUGGCUUUUUUAGUGUUUUGUGACUAAAUCAGUAAUUGAAUGGUUUGGAGUUAUUUUAUUUCUCAAGUUAAUAGAAGCAGUUAUUUGUCAUUAUUGAGAGGUUGUCUGGUUCUAGUUCAAAAGAUUCAGUAUGUGUAUCUGGAAUGUUUAAGAGGAAAACCAUCUGAAAAAAAAUCUUUUGUUUAUUUGAAAAAAACGUGUAUUCCAACUUUAAAAUUGUGAAUUUAUUUUUGGAUAACCUCUAACUAACUGUAUUUCUGUUGCUGUAAAAUUAGAUAUUUCAUGACAAUAUUUUUUAUUAAAUUGAAAUUGUAUAGGUUUUUAAAAUAAAGACAUUUUAGAAAAUCUGA